AUGGAAUCAAGAAAAGACCAAGUUAUUCAGAAACUAAUUGAAAAGAAUUAUUAUGAUGAAGUAAAAAAAAUGUAUAAUAAAUUUUUUUUGUAUCUUAAUGAAGAAGAAAUUGAUAAAGAAAAAAUAGAAGAAUUAAUAGAAAAUCCCAUGUAUUUAUGUUAUGAAACAAAUAUUGAAAUGGAAUAUAUUGAGUCAUGUGUUUGUGAUAAAAUGAAUAAAAAAGAAAUUGAAGAAUAUCAUACACUGAAUUGUAUUUUUAAUUCAAAUAAUGAAAGAAUAAAAACAUAUUGUAGAAUUAAUUAUUGUAUUAAUCAUCAAUUAAAUGAAGAAUUAAUAACAAUAAUUAAUGAAAAAUUAGGAUGUAAAGAAGGAGAAUAUUAUGAGUAUUAUACAGUUUGUGAAAAAUAUAUAGAAAGAAAACUUAUUCAAUUUUUUCAAAAUAAUCGAAACAUCAUUUUAAAAAUUAAUAAAUAUGGAUGGUAUUUAUUAUUAAAAAAUAUUAACGAUGAAAUGAUUGAAAGUGUUAUUGAACUAUGGAUAAAUAGUAAAGACAAUGAAAUAAAUAAUGUAGAAAUAAUGAAAGAUAGAUUAAGAAAAUUAAAACGAAGUGAUAAAAACAAAAUUUUAAAAGAUUAUAUUAAAAAUAUAUCAAAAGAAAAUGAAACAAAAGAAGAAAUGAUGAAUAGAAUAAUUCAAUUUAAUGAAGAAAUAAAAGAAGGAAAUACUACGACUAUGUGUAUUAAAGAUUCACUAAAUACUCAUUUUAGAAAAAUUGAUAAUAAUGAAGUAAUAAUUGUAACAAAAGAAACACAAAAAACUAGAAAUGAAACAAUUCAAAAACUUAUUUCAGAACGAGGAAUUUUUUAUCUUAAUUCAAUUGUAACAAAAGAAGAAUUUGAAAUGAUGGAAAGAAAAUAUCAAAAAAUAUCAAAUGCAUUAAAUAAUAUUUAUUUCAGUAAAAGUAUCAUUGAAAUAAGUACAAAAGAAUUAUAUGAAAUAAGUGAAUAUAUUGAAAAUGAAAGUCAAUUAAUUGAAGAAAUAAGUGAAGAAAAUAGUUAUUCAACAGAAGAUAGAAUUAUGUUUAUUGAUGCAUUAAGUCAAAAUAUAUUAAGUUAUGACAUUUGUAUUUUAAUUAAUAAAUUUAGUGAUGAAAGAAAAAACUUUAUUCAAAAACAACUAGAAAGAAUAGGAAAAGUUAUUAAUAAUAUUAUUCCAAUUCCAAUCAAAGAUAAAAUAGUUAUUCAACAUUGUUUAUAUGGAAUUAAAUAUCAAAUAAGUAAAGAACAAACAAAAGAAAGUUUAGAAAUAUUAAAAGAAAUAGAAAAAGAAAUUAAAAUAGAAUUUCAUACAGAAGAAAUGAUAGUUUUAUUAACAAUAUUAUUAAAAAUAAUACCAAUAAAUAAUAUUAUUGAAAUAAUUCUAUUUCAUGAAAAAGAAAUGAAAGAAAAUGAAAUUAAUAUUAUUAUUGAUAGUAUUAAUGAUUAUUAUGAUAAUGAUAAAAGAAAAUGUAUUUUUAAAUUAAAUCAAAUACAAACAAAAUUUAAUUUUAUUAUAUUAUUAAAAUUUCUUAUAGUAAAAGAAAUUAUUGAAGAUUAUAAAGAAGAAAUGAAAACAGAUUUAAAAGAUGCAUUAAAUUAUUUAAAAUAUUUAAAUGAUGAAUAUUCAAAAAAAAUUAAUAGAAAUGAAUUUACACAACAAGUUAUGAAUAUUAUUUGUUAUAAUGAAAUAAUGAAACAUAAAGAAUUAAUUAAAAGUAUGAAAUAUUUAAAGUUAUUUGAAAUAAAAAAAUUUAAUGUAUUUCCAAGAAUUAUUAAUUCUCAACAACAAAAAGAAGAAAUUCUUUUAAAUGAAAACUCUCUUAUGGUUCUUGCUAAAAAUAAUGUAUUUCAAACAUUUCAACAAAUUAAUUUAUUAAAUACAAACUACCAAAAUAUAACUAAAAACUAUGACAUUAAAGUUCUUAUUAAUAUUAUUCUUCGAUAUCAAGGAAUUAAAUUAACUAAUGGUAAAAAAACAUCAAAAUUCAUGGAAAGCUGUUUAUAG